UUUUUGGGUUCUUUUUUGUGGGAGAAUAUUGAGAAGGCUAAAUGCCAGUUCUUGUAAAAAUAUGAAAAUAAAAUCAGCUUGAUACAGCAAGGGAUUGGUGAAUUGGGAAUGAAUUAAGAGGUCAUAGUUGGAGAUCUUGAUAGAGUUGAAAAGCCUUUUUCAAUUUAGGUUUUCUUGAAUCAGGAGCCUUUUUUUGGGAACAGGAUGCUAUAGAUAAUAGAUUGCUAUUCAUUUCUCUCAAGAAGUGAAGAGGAUGGCAAGUAGGAAAUCUCAUUCAUGGUGGGGGAAUAGUUAUACCAGUCCAAGAAAUUCAAAAUGGUUGUCUGAAAAUGUUGAAGAGAUGGAUGUCUUGGUCAAUGAAAUGCUGAAGCUUAUAGAAGAGGAUGGCGAUUCAUUUGCAAAAAAAGCUGAGAUGUAUUACCAGAGGCGUCCAGAGUUGAUCUCCCAUGUUAAAGAUUUUUACCGCAUGUACCGUGCACUUGUUCAACGUUAUGAUCAUGCAAUUGGUGAUCAGGCAAAGAAUAUUCCCACUGAAAUCCAAUCCCAAGGUUCAGCCAACUUGUCUGAGUUUGGCGUAGAAGCAGCUUCAGCUUCUUUACCUUCCUCUCCAGCGAGAACAGCAGAACAAAAGGCGAACCAUUUCAAGCCACACUGGAGGGCUGCUGGCUUUGAUUUCUUCCUUGGGUCGGGUCGAAGCUCGGAUCGUUCUAGAAAGGGAUCAGAUGAGUCAUCAUCAGAAUCUGGCUCUGAAUCUGACUACAGCAAGGCUAUGGAUGUCUAUGAGAAUUCUUUUAGGCUUGAAAUGAGGAUAAUUGGUUUAGAGAAUGAGCUUCAUGAAGCAAGGGAUAAGCUUCAGGAAUAUAAGAAUGGACCUAAAGAACAGUGUGAACAUUUGUUAAACAGUGAAGUCUUAGAUUUGUCUUCAACAACUUCAUCCAUGGAGAUCCUACCUGUAUCAGCAAAUAAGAACUUCACAGCAUUGGAAAAACAAAUUGAAACAUUGCAAGCUUAUUUACCAGACCAAGAAGUUGAGAUCAGAAAUCUCAUGGAAGCAAUGGAGGCUGCUGCUAAGCAAUUUGAGAAUGAAAUUUCGAGUAGAGAUCACAUAAUUAAGGAGUACAAAACAUGGCUCGGUGCAAUAUUGAACAAAUCUAUUAGCAUCAUUGCAGAAGAUGAGCAGAUUGCGGAUGAGAAAUCACGUCUGGAAAUCAAAAUUCUGGAGCAGGAGCAAAUGAUUUUGGAGCUGAAGGCCCUGGCUGCACAUUCUUCUAAGAGGCUUCUCCAAGAGAAGUAUGCGCUGGAAGCUAAACUUUCAAGUCUUAUGGUCUCUAGCAACUCCUAUUGGGCAAAGCUUCAAGUUUUAGAGAAACGGGUAAAGCAGCUGGAGGCUGAGAAAUUUAAAGUAUGUGCUGAGAGUGCCAGGCAAAUAAUCGAACUAACUCAAAGUCUUGAAGCAGUUAAGCUGAAAGUUGUCAUAUUAGAAUCAGAGAAAGAAGAGCUCAAACCUAAAGUGAGUAAGCUUGUGGAGGACAUCGAAGCUCAAGAUGACGAUCCUACAGAAGAUGACGAACACCUGCAAGAAUUAAAUCUGGAGCACGCAAAACUAAUCCAAGAAUUUGAGAACGCUCAAAAAGCCUCAUCAGAGCUAAAAACUAGAGUGAGAGAGCUUGAGGAUGAGGUGGAAAGGCAGAGGGUGCUAAUCAUGGAUGGUGCUGAGGGGAAGAGGGAAGUUAUCAGGCAGCUUUGCUUCUCCAUUGAGCAUUAUCGCAUAGAAUACCAACAGCUGUGUAGGAGGCUGCAGGUGCAACAUAGAAGACCUGCAAUCAUGGCCAUCUGAUCAACCUUUCUGGGUAAAAGAAAGUAGAAGAAAACGAUGAAGAUGUAUUGAGUUCAGGCUUUGCACAAUUUCACCUGUGAGGGUUUCAUCUACCUUGUUAGUUUUGUGUAAUUAUGCAGUGAUAGGAACUUUUGCACUGCAUGGAAGAUAAAAUUAGGAGGAAGCUUUUUCUGUCUGUUUUUAAAUGAUAGAAAUCUAUCCUAAAUUUUCAUUAGGCAAAUCCAAGACGAGCAUGAAAUUAAUCACACAUAUUAGAUAAGCAUAAUAUCAAUCAUAUUUACUAAAUCUAUGUGAAUAUGAUGACAUUUAU